AUGAGGUUCUCCGCAACCCUAGCCGUGGUCCCUCUCGGCGCUCGCCUUGCGCAAGCUGCCUUGGAUGUCGACGCCAUUACCGAGAAGUACUUUGGCAACGACGCGCCUUGGUACAAGAACCGCAUCCCUCUUUUUGAGUCGAGCGAUACGGAGAUCACCGACGUCUACUACUACCGCUGGAACCUCUUCCGAACUCAUCAGCGCGAUGUCGGCACCAAGUACGGCUACAUUACCACUGAGUUCAUCGACAACGUCAGCUGGCAGACGCAGCCAUGGGCCUCCAAUAAUUGCGCCGCUAUAUUCCACCUCUCCGAGGGCCGAUGGUGCCGCGACCCGCGCUUCAAGCAGGAUCACGCGACCUUCAUGUACAGCGCGGACAGCAACCCCCGCCAAUACUCCGAGAGCUUAGCAGACGGCGUCUGGAGAAAUUAUCUGGUUGACGGCGACCCAGCCCUCGCCAUUUCUCUCCUCGACGAUAUGCAACGGGUCUACAACCAGUGGGUGGGAGACCACUUUGACGAGGCCAAGGGACUCUUCUGGAUCGAGCCGAUUGCCGACGCGACGGAGUACACCAUCUCGAGUAUCGAUGCCUCCGGCGGCUACGAUGGUUUCUUCGGAGGCCAAGCAUUUCGCCCCACCAUCAACACCUACCAGUACGCCAAUGCUCGUGCGAUUGCCAAGACUGCUGCUCUCAAGGGCGGCCUGGACAGCGUUGUUGAGGAAUACAACACUCGUGCCCAGAACAUCAAGGACACCCUCCAGAGGGAUUUGUGGAACUCGACCUUCGAGCACUUCAUCGAUCGGUACCAAGUUAACAACGAGAAUGUCACCUACUGGGACUUCAUCCGCGGCCGUGAGCUCGCUGGUUUCGUUCCUUGGGCCCACGACCUGCUGGAUGAUGAUGCCAAGUUUGGUGAGGCAUGGAAGCACGCGCUGAACUCCGAGGAGCUCGGUGGUCCCUUUGGCCUGCGCACUGUUGAGCCUUCGUACGAGUACUACAUGCGUGUUUGGAGAUACGAGGGCACUCACACCGAGUGCCACUGGAACGGUCCCUCUUGGCCGUAUCAGACAACUCAGGUCUUGACUUCCCUUGCCAACGUUCUCGACCACUACCCCAACACUUCGGCCCACGUCACUGUCGGAGACUACACUCGCCUUCUGAAGCAGUACGCCAAUCAGCACUACAAUAAGCACUACGGUAACAUCCUGGAUAUUGAGGAGAACUACGACCCUGACACUGGUGAACCGAUUGUUGGCCUUGGACGUUCGCACCACUACUUCCACUCUGGUUACGUUGAUCUCAUUGUCACCGGUUUCGUCGGCAUUCGUCCCCGCGAGGACGACGUGCUUGAGGUCAACCCCCUGGCCGACCCUUCCUCCAUCUCUUACUUCCGCGCGGAGCGUAUCCUCUAUCACGGCCGUGAAGUUGCUGUCCAAUGGGACGCUACUGGCGCGCGCUACGGCGAAGCAGGUCUCCGAGUUGAAGUUGAUGGACAAGUCGUCGCCUCUUCCGACAAGCUCGAGAGACUUACCGCCGAGGUCACACGCGCGCCAGUCUCCGUCGCGCGCCCCUUUGACCAGUCCGUCCAGCUCCAGGCUACCGAGCCCCUGCCCAUCAUCAACGCCUCCGUCCCCAAUUACGACAUCAACCGUGUCCACGAUGUAUUCGACGGUCGCAUCUGGUUCUGGACCCAGGACACCAUCGCCAACGGUUUCGAUACUCCCGAGGGCAGCACCGCCGAGGAAUGGGUCAGCAUCGAGUUCGGAUCCGCUGUUGAGGCUGCCCGAGCUGAGAUUGCUUUCUUCGCGAAUGAAGAGAAGGGAUUCGAUGUGCCCGCCAGCUACAAGUUGCAGGUUUUGAGCGGUGAAUGGACCGAUGUGGCUGAUGCGACGUACGAUGCGCCGUUGGCCAACGGUAUUACCAAUGCGAAGUGGACUGGAGAGUCUACCCAAUCUCUCCGCAUUCUCGUGAAGCCUCAAGAUGGCAAGCGCGUCCGUCUGGUUGAGCUGAAGGUCUUCACUGAGUAG